AGGAGAACUGACGUCAGCGGGAGAGUAUUAUGGGCUGUCGAGCGCUGGCUGCUGCUUUUCUGCUCCUGGAAGCGGCCGAGGGGGGAAGCGGCGAGUCAACAUGGAGCUCUCGGCGGUGGGGGAGCGGGUGUUCGCGGCCGAAGCCCUCCUGAAGCGGCGCAUUCGCAAAGGACGCAUGGAAUACCUCGUGAAAUGGAAGGGCUGGUCGCAGAAGUACAGCACGUGGGAGCCCGAAGAAAAUAUCCUGGAUGCUCGCCUGCUUGCAGCCUUUGAGGAAAGGGAACGGGAGAUGGAGCUCUAUGGCCCCAAAAAGCGAGGACCCAAGCCCAAAACCUUUCUUCUCAAGGCCCAGGCCAAGGCGAAGGCCAAAACAUAUGAAUUCAGGAGUGACCCUGCCAGAGGCAUCCGGAUCCCUUACCCAGGCCGAUCACCCCAGGAUUUGGCAUCUACUUCCAGGGCUCGAGAGGGCCUUCGGAACACAGGUCUAUCCCCACCAGGGAACAGCACCAGUACCUGCAGGGCAGAGCCACCUCGGGACCGGGAUCGAGAAAGAGGUACCAGUCGUGUAGAUGACAAGCCCAGCUCACCGGGAGACAGCUCCAAGAAGCGAGGACCCAAGCCCCGGAAGGAGCUCCUGGACCCUUCUCAGAGGCCCUUGGGAGAACCCAGUGAUGGCCUAGGAGAAUACCUCAAAGGCAGGAAGCUGGAUGACACCUCUUCUGGGACGGGAAAAUUCCCAGCUGGCCACAGCGUGAUCCAGCUUGCUCGAAGGCAGGACUCAGACCUGGCACAAUAUGGUGUGACCAGUGCUAGCUCGGCAGAGGCCUCGGGCAAGUUGGCUGUGGACACCUUUCCAGCCAGGGUGAUAAAGCACAGGGCUGCUUUCCUGGAGGCCAAAGGCCAAGGUGCCCUGGACCCUGGUGGCCCCAGGGUCCGGCAUACUUCAGGUACUCCGGGCUCAGUGGGGAGUCUGUAUCGGGACAUGGGGGCUCAAGGGGGAAGGCCCUCCCUCAUCGCCAGGAUCCCAGUGGCCAGAAUCUUGGGGGACCCAGAGGAAGAGUCUUGGAGCCCCUCCCUGACUAACCUGGAGAAGGUGGUUGUCACAGAUGUGACCUCAAACUUUUUGACAGUCACCAUUAAGGAGAGUAACACGGACCAAGGAUUCUUUAAGGAGAAAAGAUGAAUUCCUGGGGAUGGGGAGCCCAGGACCAGAACAGGCGAGAGUGAGCUCCAAUGUGGCUUAGUGCUUUUUUAUUUCUGGGUGGCUGUGGCCUUCUGGCUGGCCCUGUCCUUAACUUCAUACCCUCUCCCCGAGUCCCUUUCAUUCCUUCUUUCUCAGUUCUGGUUGGAAAUUAUCUAGAGUUCUAUUUUCUAUUAGAUGUAAAUAUGUUAUUUAAGAAAAAUAUCUAAAUAUAUAUAUUUCAACUCUUGAAGUUCUUUUAUUUAAACAAGGAGAGAGAGAGAGAGAUAGAUUGUGGUCUGGUAGGGGCAGACAGAGUUGGUACAGGAGGGGACUUGUUCCAAGGGGCUCUAGAAAAGCUGGGGGCCUGGGCACCGGGAUUCUGGAGGGAGUGUGAAGGGACUCAGCCCAGCCCACCUCCUCCCUCCACGCCUCCGGGUUCCCAGUGCCAGACUCUGGGCACCCAGGCAGGAUUUUUUACUCUCCUUCCCAUUGGCCAGCUAGGCCAACAAAAGGUUGGCUUUCCAAUCAGAAAAAGAGGGAUGGGGUGGGGUCAGCCCAGUUUUCUUUUUUUCUGUUUUCUUCUUUCUCUCUCUUUUUAAAGAUUAAGAUGUCUAUUAGGGGGGAAAGUAUUAACUUUUUCGUGCGUGUUGUUGAAGGUUUAAAAAUAUAAGUCAGGAGUGGGUGGGGCGCAGGUCUCCCGUGACCACACAGGGAGAUGCACUUUACGAGCGAGUGUGAGUGCCAUACACGGGGAUUGUGUGUAUGUGUCAUGUGGACAAAAUCUCCCCGUCCCAUGUCCCAUUCCUUCCCUUUCCAGAGAGAAAGAGAAAUCCAGCGAAUUUGUUUACAUUCCCGAAAUGCCAGGAUAUAUUGGGAGGAUUGCGUGUCAGUGCCCAGAGCACCAGACAGUUGUUUUACAAGGAAAAUGCUCAGGCGGACUUUUCCUUUGCGAGUCCUCUCUAGCUUUGCCAGAAGACAGGGCGGCCCACCUCCCAGGAAGACUUGGACAAGCCUGGUUCGUCGGUGGGGGUGGGAAGGUGGGCCCUACUCUCAGAAGGACCAACGGCCGCCUGGCCACCUCAGCCACCCGGCGGGCGGCGGGGUUGGCAGCGGGCUGCGCACCAGGCUGGUCGCCGCGGGGGUCGCAGCCUAAGUGGAACAUGGUCAGGUGGGGCUCGGAGCGGAAGGGGUCGACUGAGUUCCCACCCAAGGAUGUGCAUUAGAAGUUUAGUCCCCCCUCCCCUUCCUUAAAAGUAAAAGCUGUAAUUUAUAGUUCUUUUCGAUUCUCGGAGUGCUCGCUAAAUGAACUCGACUGGACGUUCAGACACCUCGGAAGGGGGUGGGGGAACGCGAGGUGGAGGGGGGGUGCGACCCGGGACGACAGGAGCCCCGCGACCCUCUGUGCCCCUGGUCCUGGCCCACUCCGGAGGGCACCACGCGCAGCUCGGACUCAAAAGCACAACUCUGUCCCUCAGCCAGUUCAGCAGGGAUCUUGCGGCCUCUCCGCCCUCCCCUCCCUUAAAGGGCCAGCAGGCGGUCUAACUUCUGUGGCUUUUGCAGGGAGGGGGCGUGAGGCUCUGCUUGUGGGACAAAGCACAGAGGGAGGAGGCUCUGGGGUGGGUUAGAGAGGCUUGGUAAUGGGGAGAUGCUGAGAGGAAACCCCGGCCUCGUCCUCCCUACUCCUGGCUCCCCAUCGCUGAGUCUCUCUUCCCUCCAAACUUUGCCUUUAAAUAGAGGGAGAAAAAAGGAAAAACGGUGUACUCUCUACGUGUGUUUAUUUGUUUUUGAAAAUCGGUUUGCGCCUAAAGAGAAGCCCUUGGAAUGGGAAUUUUUAUCUGCUCAUAUUUGUAAAACUGGUAUUUUCGACUUUGUAUAAAGAAUCGCCGUUGACUGUGUGUCUGUCUAGAUGUUGACCCUAUUUUCAGGUAAACCUGCUUUGGAGGCACACUUGUGACCGAGUGGACCGUGACUCUGGGACACUCAGGAGUCCCUUACCUGACUUCCUCUCUCUCCUCUCCUUCCUGGCUCAAACCUUCUGUCCCUCCAGCCGUCCUGGUUCGGCCAUCACUGCCCAUCGUCCUGCCAUCUGUCCAUGGCCGUUGUGUGUGUCUCCUUAGCUCGCUCUUGAGAGGCUGACCUGGGGGGUGGGUGGGCAGGGGUCUGGGGCCAUGUGGCUCCGAGUCUGCAAUCGUAGAUGGGCAGAACACGUGUUUAUGAAUUCUCAGAUAUGUACAAAUCUCGAAUUGAUCGCCUCCUCAGCUCAAGAGUGAAACUUCGGUACCCUAUCUUCUUGGGUUGUGAAUGUGUCUGUAUCCAGUAUCACUUUUUAUGUGUUUAAAUAUAUAUACUUUGUAAAUAGA